AUGAAGCCAUCCGACGCUCCUGGGCAGCCGCCCGCCCCCGGGGUUGCGCAGGCUGGUGCGCCGCCGCAGACUCCCCAGUCUCAAAGCUCUGCCUUGCCGAGCCAGACGACUCCCGCCUAUGCCACGACUCCGGCCGGGGCGCCCCCCAAGACGACGCCGACCAAGUCCACAGUCAAGGCCCUGCCAACCGUGAGAGACCAUACUACCGACCAAUUGAACCCAGCUGGCGAUGAGUAUCUGCCAAGAGAAAUCGAUGAGUUUGGUGAGAAGAAGGUUAUGCCCAACGGCCAGCUUCUUGGCAACCGAACCUACCGGUGUCGGACCUUUCUGGUGCCCAACCGAGGCGACAAACUCUUCAUGCUUGCGACCGAGUGUGCCAGGGUGCUUGGAUACCGUGAUUCCUACCUGUUAUUCAACAAGAACAGGUCUCUCUUCAAAAUCAUUGCCAGCCAGGCCGAAAAGGAUGACCUUGUCCAGCAGGAGAUAUUGCCCUUUUCGUACCGCUCCAGACAGAUUGCCAUUGUGACUGCUCGGUCCAUGUUUAGACAAUUUGGGAGUCGCGUUAUUGAAAAUGGCCGCCGCGUCCGGGAUGACUACUGGGAAACCAAGGCCCGCAAACAGGGAUUCACCGAGGCAGAUCUGGCUGGGGAGAAGAGACCAGGUGCCGCCAAGGCCCGAGAGGCGGCCGAAGCCCAAAAUAACCUCCUUAUGAGCGGUCCUCACACCGAGAUCGUCUAUAACAAUACCCCCGGACCCUAUCCUGGUGCUCCACCGACACAUCUGGUCCAAACAGGUAUGAUGGGAGCGCCACCUGGAAACAUUGGAAGAAUGCCUGGAUUAACAGUCGGGCCAGAGUUAGGCGACACUCGCCCUAGGGACUUCAGUAAUAUUAUCAAAGGCGGCCCUCGCCAGGAGAUUACCGGCCCAGCCUAUCAGGACCAGACCAGGCCAUCGCCACUGGGAGAGAUCCAUUCACAGGCGCAUCAUGCCGCCGAAUUCAACCGAUCCGUUAACCAGCAACGUGAUAUGCGCGGCGAUUAUUUACAGGGCAUCUGGCGCCGUCCUCAUGAGCAACCGGUUACGUCUUCCCUGAAUCCGACUGUCGGCGCUACCGAUGCCGGGGCCGCAACCACACGACCAUCGAGCUCACCGCAUACUGUUGCUGCUGCUGGCGUUACGCAACCCGUUGUGUCAUCCCAGAGCCCUCAGAUGCUGAUGACUGCGGCUCCAUACUCGCAGUCGAUUCACGCCCAAAACCAACUUGGUCAGAACCCCUUUGCCCCGAGUCUCCCUGAGGAGGCGUUGAUUGAUUGA